AUGAUACUGCUGAAGCAAGUAAAUAGCGCGGAUAUCUUCACAGUCGAACAAGAUUGUCUAUUACUGUUAAGAAUUUUACAUAUGCCGUCAACAAAUGUUGGCAAAUUAUUUGCCUGGAAUAAUGAUCCGCUUGAAGAUACUUGUAUGCGAGCUUGGAGAGCAAGAGAAUUGGAAACCAAGUUAAAAAGAUGUAUGCCAA